GCCUGUAUUCUGCAAGGCUUGUUUAAGCUUAAAUCAACACAUACAGUGCUUGGCUGCUCUCAGCUACACCUUGACUUCGGACUCUACCAGCAUCACCUUCACUCUAUAAUUCAACAAUGUCGUCAAACAUAGACUUGGGUGGCUCAAUUCCUUCCCUCACAGCUCAUGCUGUGAGCGUGUCCCUGCCAACAUGGACGGACAACAUUGAUUAUGAGGAAGGUGCCAAGCGCGUGAUGGACAAAAUCUCCAAUGGCUAUCCACGAUUCUAUAUCCACGACCUCAUUGCUAUAUUUGCAGAUGACAUCGUGACCAGAUGUUGCUCAGAAGGAACAAGAAGCGGUAAUCAGAAGGCGAUGUUGUUCCCAUCCCGCAAGGCUGCUGAGAGAUGUCGUGACUUCAUUGUCAACACUACCAAGACAGAACCCGCGAAGGUGGGACUGGCUGCAAAUGUCAAGAUAAUUGAUUUGUGUCUGGAUAAUAAGAGCUCGGCGACUCAUUUGAGAGCCAUUGCUAAAAAGGCCUCGCCCUCAGUAUCCGCCGUCAUAUUCCAUGAGGAUCUGUUCCCAAUCGCAAAACAAUAUUGGCAACAUUCCGGAGAUGGGAUCUCAAGUCGACAGGCAGAAUUUUGUCACGCACUUUUCGAGGAGGACAUGCUAGUGAUGGAUUCUGCGACCACCGCACCAGUAUCGCAAACGCAGCAACAGUCGCAGCCGAUAGUGAAUCACAAAAGAGGCCCAAAGAGGUACCGAAGAGAUUCCGUCACAGAUCAUCGUCGAACAUCUCCCGAAGCGGAGAACAAGGUUAUGAUUGAGUCAAAGAAAACUGCACUCGAUGACAAGCACAACGCUGCAGCAGAUAGCCGGGAAAGCACGCAGUUCCUGGAGGAGCGAUUUGGACGGAACUUGGAUCUCUCAUUUGUCAACAACGCCAGAAUAGCGAUCCGUCGACGCCUAGCAGGCUAUUUGUUAGAGGAAGUGGAUCUUACAUCUACGGCUGCAGUCAAACAACCAAACCCACAACCCAAUUCGCGGGGGGUGACCGGACUGUCCGAGGACGACGUUUACCUCUACCCGUGCGGCAUGAAUGCCAUUUUCAACACGCACCGGAUGCUGCUCGCAGUUCGAGGCCAACGGAAGAGUAUCUCGUUUGGUUUCCCGUAUGUCGACACCUUGAAGAUCCUGCAGAAAUUCGGCCCCGGAUGUCUGUUCUACGGACAUGGCUCCUCGGACGAGCUGGACGACCUAGAAGCCCGCCUGCAAGCUGGCGAACGGUACCUGGCCUUCUUCUGCGAAUUUCCCGGGAAUCCGAUGCUGAAGAGCCCCGAUCUCCGGCGCAUCCGCCAACUGGCCGACAAGUAUGAUUUCGCCGUGGUGGUGGACGAGACGAUUGGCAACUCGGUCAAUGUCCAGCUCCUGCCCCAUGCCGACGUGGUCGUCAACAGUCUCACGAAGGUAUUCUCAGGCGAUUGUAACGUGAUGGGUGGCAGCGCUAUCCUGAACCCCCAAAGCCGACACUAUCUGCCACUGAAGCGGGCGUUCGAUGCGGAUUUUGAGGAAAACAACUAUUGGGUCGAGGACGUUCUGUUCAUGGAGCGCAACAGCCGGGACUUCGUGGCGCGCAUCAGGAGAAUAAACGACAAUGCCGAGGCCAUCUGCCAUAUUUUGCAGGUCCAUCCGCUGAUCAAGGACGUCUACUACCCUAAGUAUAGCCCGACAAAGCGAUUCUAUGACGAGUGUCGGACCCCCACGGGCGGGUAUGGGGGGUUGUUAUCUUUCACGUUUCACCGGAAGGAACAUGCGAUGGCAUUCUUUGAUCGCAUCGAGACGGCCAAAGGGCCGAGUCUCGGCACCAACUUCACCUUGACGUCGCCCUAUGUUCUUCUCGCGCACUAUUGGGAGUUGGAGUGGGCCGCGGGGUUCGGCGUGCCGGCCGAUUUGCUGCGCGUUAGUGUCGGGGUUGAGAAUGUGGAGGAUCUCAAGGCUCGGUUUGCGGUUGCGCUGGAAGCGGCCGAAGCGAUCGGGUCGGGCUCUGUGUGAUCAUCGGAUUACAACAACAAUGGAGCUCUUCCUGUCUGGCAGUGUUGAGUAUGUCUUCGUAUUCCUACUCGUAUGGAGUGGCGUAUCAAGCUUUCCAAGUUCACAAAGGAACGGACCACAUGGGGAACAGUGAUGCUGUAGCUACACUUGUAGAUGGACCUCGGAAGCUGCAUAGCAGUGCCACCAUCGUUGCGUGUCAGAUAUAGCGAACUAAUGUGACUGAUUUCUUGGCGUCAUCAAUGAUGUCUGAUGCAACGCAAGGACGAGCAGGUCGAGUAAUAAUAAUAAGUUCAAUAGGAGGUAGUUUGGGUCGUUCGUA